CUCCCCCGUGGUUUAUUCUCCAGUUCAGUUUCCAUCAUCUGUCCCAUCAAGAUGACCUCAUAAGGUAACGAGUCAAAAUAUUGCUCUCAGUAAAUUUAAUGGAACAUACUCAAAAAGGAAUUUAUGCGGGAACAAGCCAUGUCAAUUCAGAUAUUCAACAGAGAAAUUAAGCCAGGCUUCUGUAGAGGACCUGUCAUUUUGCAUUCCGUUGUAUUUAGUUCUCAAUUCUAACAUGCCAGUCUGGUGUCUAGCAGCUUAGAUGCUUUAGUUUUGUUAGUACAGUACAUCAGCGUUAAACAGUGCGUUUUUCUAGGCUUUUCAGCUUAAGAGCAACUUUUCAAAGAUUCAGAUUUGUGCCAAAACUUAAGAUUCUCUAGUGCGAACUUAAAUUCACAAAUAUUUAAAAAUUGGGUCUUGAAAUUUGAUCAAAUUUAAUAUAUGAUUCUCACCACUAAGCAAUUAAUUCUCCAAUUUAGUCGUUGAUUUUCCCAUCUCUCUCCCCCACAAAGUGCUGACAUUAAGCAAUAAAUUCUCCAAUUUAGUCGUUACGGAUUUGCUCAUGUCUCUCCCUCACAAAGUGCUGACAUUAAACAAUAAAUUCUCCAGACAAGCUGUCUAUUGAGUAGGCAGGGAGUGAAACUGGAGUUAAUUGCUGUAACUACUCGCCGCCCAUGGAAGUCUCUUCACAUCUGGAUUACGUGAUUGUUUUGCCUUUCUGAUCUGUAUUCACGGUUGCUUUCUCAAUGCCCACCAAGCUAAAUUAUUGAUUUGACCAUUCAACAAAUCUUAAAUUUGGGUCUCCCAUCAAAGUAGCUUGCAGUCCUAAUUACUUCCCUAGACCUUGAUAUGUAUCAUGGCAUGGCAGCUUCUAGACUGGCCAACGGCGUGUUGACUACGUAUAUUGCGUAGCACUUGUUGUCACGUUUACUGUGCUAUGGAUAUGGAUUCCUGAACUUUGAUUUGGCCGUAUGGUUGAACUAUUUGUGCCUGCUUGUUUCCGUUGUAAUACAUUUAAUGUAAUGUGCCAGUGAUGAUGAGUGAGAUCGGACAUUUUAUCCCAUCUUCUGCUCCAAAUGUUGCAUCUUUAACAGUGCAAAGAGAGCCAAAUACCAGUAAUGAGGUACAUGGACCCAUUUUAAUAUCUGCAAUCAUUUUAGGUCUCAUGGCUGUAACAAUGCUAGCAAUUGGGGGCGGCUGUUAUGGUUGCAUACGCCGCAAAAAAAGAAUGGAAGCUGCAUUGCCCUUAAGUGGUGAAGUUUACCGCCCUUCUAAUACACCAGACUCAGAUGCAAGCUCCAGGGAUCACAUUCUUUCUGCCAUGCAUGUGAAUACAGUACACACAGGAGCACAGGUUUUUACAUAUAGACAACUUCGUUUUGCAACUAACAACUUUAGUUCAACCAAUUUGAUUGGCCAUGGAGGGUUUGGCUCAGUUUAUAAAGGAAUACUACCAGAUGGCAGAGUUGCAGCAAUCAAACAACUUGACAGACAUGGCAAGCAAGGGGAACAUGAAUUUAGAGUGGAGGUAGACAUCCUAAGCAGACUCCAUUCUCCAUACCUACUUGAAUUAAUUGGUUACUGUGCUGAUCUAGACCAACGUUUAUUAGUGUAUGCAUACAUGCCCAAUGGAAGUUUGCAGGACCAUCUUUACUCAGAUGGUUCAGCAGGCAAUCCUCCCGUUCUAGGGUGGGGAAGACGACUGAGAAUAGCUCUUGAUGCAGCUCGAAGUCUUGAAUACCUUCAUGAAAUAGUCACACCUCCUGUUAUACAUAGAGACUUUAAAACCAGUAACAUUCUGCUGGAUGAAAAUUUCAAAGCCAAAGUGUCUGAUUUUGGUUUGGCUAGGCUGGGCUCUGAUAAAAUUAAUGGCCAUGUAUCAACUCGCGUGCUGGGAACUCAAGGAUAUGUUGCACCAGAGUAUGUCUUGACAGGACACUUGACAACAAAAUCUGAUGUUUAUAGUUAUGGGGUUGUGCUUUUAGAGCUUAUAACAGGCAGAGUGCCUGUAGAUAUGAAGAGGCCUCCUGGCCAAGGCAUUCUUGUCUCUUGGGCUCUUCCUCGUCUUACAGAUAGAGAUAAGGUUUUCGAAAUGGUUGAUCCUGCACUACAAGGACAGUUCUCUUCCAAGGAAUUAAUCCAGGUUGCUGCAAUUGCAGCCAUGUGUGUCCAACCAGAAGCAGAUUACCGCCCUUUCAUGACAGAUGUGGUGCAAUCUCUCAUCCCACUUGUCAGGCAGCGUUCUAGAUCUGAAAAUCACCACCAUUUCUAAUUUCCUCCAUUGACAUUCCACCUGUACUUCUCUGAGUCUAAUUUGGCAUGCAACAGAAAGAGUGCACAAGGGAAAGAAAUGAAAUGAAUCGAAUCAAUGUCCUUUAAAACUUUAGGUCUGAAUGCAUGGUCUUUCAGUGCAACCAUACUUAGAGGCCAUCCUUUCAAACCCAGAUAUUUAAAAUACAAAAUCAGAAAACCAUCCAGAGAAGCCCAACAUUAAGAUUCAUUAUGCAACUGUUUCUAUUCAUCAACCAUCUUUUGCAGAUGUUCCAUUAAUCCAGUGUAACAUAGCCUGGACUUGGCAUUGAUUUUGUAUCUCUAUUGCAGUAGUUAUUGUCAGUGCAUAACCAAAUUUGGAAGAUCAAUCUGUUAUAUAUUAUAGAAGCCCAUCAUUCUAUUCUGUCUUA